CCUCAGCUUUGUGGGUUAAUCAUGAAAAUGCCUUGUUACCGCCGGUUUCUUGCGAAAUAUUAGGAAAAGCUACUCUGCUUAAUCGAUAAUCUGCCAAUGUUGCUAGAUACCUAGCAACACCAGACUGAGAAACACUAAUCACUCAUGAAUUGCUGUUAAGUCGGAGGCGACUUUUAAUAUUGUAAUGAGCAUGGCGACGACAUCAACGAUUUACAGUUUUCAACGUCUUUUUGACUAUUUCUUUCAGGGAGCGAAGCAGCCACUGACAUAGCUUCCUUCUGUUUCUGCCAGAAGAAAAGGAAUAUCUCACUACUAACUGUACAUAAAAUCCUCGACAUGACUGAAAGCUACUAUAGUACUGUCUGCAAAUUUAUGCUCGACAACGAUGAACGACGUAAGUCGAUGUUUGCUACAAAUGUUGCCCUACUUGAGUUGAAUUCUGUCUUUUCAUUGACAGCAACAUUUCAAAACGUGCCAGUAGUUUACGCGAUUCUCCGAACGCCGACUCUACACAAUCCUCCGAACAUCCCUCUGUGCUCGCUUGCCUUUUCGGAUCUUUUCGUCGGCUGCGUGGUGCGAAAAAUUUACCGGUAUUUUAUAAAUGGUACAACUCAAUCCUGUUCCCGUUUUGGGUGCCAAAAUAAAUACCAGUACCAUUUGACGGAAAUUUCUGUACAAAUGAUAAGCGCUCAAGUUCUACCUUGUGUAAAUUCCAUAAGGGGAGAAAGGGGCUACUACCUUCCCCGAGCAUGUCGUGGUAGAACUGCUGUGCGGUUCCCAGCAAACAGCCUCCACAUGUGUUGUGUGGAGCUGGCGCUUGAUAGAACACUUUGCAGUCACCUCGGCGGUAACGGGUUUUGAGACGCGGAUUAUCCCCGUUACUUAUCCCAACGGCUUUGCCACCCUAGUGGUCCCCAAUAAGGGCGAAACAGCUGUCUGUGGCUGCCACUGCCCACGUGAUAUGGCUGUGCGCAUGCGUGAGGUACUAGCCCGGCCGUGAGUUGGUGUAUGUGUGCCCUUUGCUUUAAGUUUGCACUAUUUUCACUGAAAUCGAUUUAAGUUCAAUCCAUCCAUUACUGGAUUUCAUGACAUCACUAAAUAAAUUCAACCGGCGCGCGCGUACAGUUAAAAUCUUUGCUCGCUGGCACUUAGCGAUAGCUAUAACUAGUUAUUUUAUAUAAGAUAUACAAGUGUAAUUGCGAGUCAUUUCUCUCUUAAUAUCCGAGUCCAAACCAUGGACUUUGGGAGGCAAGGAGGGUUUCUAAUGAUGGAGAGACCCGCCAGGGAAGGUGGGCUGUAGAAAGAAGAGUUAUUUUUUGGAGUUCAUGUAUAGUGAUUUUGCCAGGGAUUUUGUUGGUGUAGUUUUCAUGUCCUUCUUUACGGUGCCAAGAGCUCCCACAACCACCGGAACUGUUGUUGUUUUGAGCCCCUACAUUCGCUCAACCUCGAUUUCCAAGUCUCUGUAUUUAUUAAGCUUUUCCGUGGUUGUGACCCGAGGUUUUGGUCUCGAGGGGUAUAGUCAUGUCAAUGAGAAGGCAAUGUCCUUCUUGUUCUUUAGCACAAUGUCCGGCCUAUUAGCUGCGAUGGUCCUGUCAGUGUGGAUGGGCAUGUCUCUCAGAAUAGUGACGCUAUCCUUCUCGGUGACAGUUUUGGGUUCAUGCUCAUCUCAAUGCCAAACUCUUUGCAGAUCUUCCAGUGCAUGUGUGCAGCUGCGUUGUUGUUGUGGUGGAUGUAUUCAGUUUUAGCCAGUUCAAAGCAGCCAGAGACCAGGGCCGGGUUGUUCAAAGCCGGGUUAAGAUAACCCAGGGUUGGUACAAAAUUUGAAUUCAGAUAGGAAAGCUGAAAAAACAAAUUCACUUUAAUUCUUUUUGUCUACAAUUUGAUGAUUAGUUAUUCUAAAAAGAGUAGGGAAAAUUUUCCGAGAAAAUGCUUUUGAUGCAAAGAAAAAUAGACCCGGUUUAGAUUUAACCUGCCUUCGAAUAACUCGGCCCAGAUGGUCAAUGGUCUCGUCGAAACGGCCACACAGCCUCCAUUCUGGGUCCACGUCAGGCUUCUUGAGGGUGUUGUGUUGGUACCAGCGUGUUGAGAGGCUUUGAUCUUGGGCUGCGAUAAUAAAAAUGAAGCCCUUGGUUUCGGCCUUGAGGCUAACUGCUUUUAGCCAUAUCCAGGUCUUUUCUUUUAUUGGUCCACGUCAGCCUGUUUCACCCGCUGUAGGUAUUUGCCGUGGAGCGAUUUUGAUUCCCACUUAGACCUGAGCUGUUGGCGACCCUGGUGUUUGGCCUUGGCCUUUGUUCUGCGGGCAUGGGUUGUGUUCGCCACAUGCUCUGCAGGUGGUAUUACAGGCACUCCCAGUUUCCCGACUGAACUUCAUUGACUGUCUGCUGAUGGAGUACAAGGAUUUCCUGUCGCCAUUUUUUUUUUUGUAAUUUAUUAAUUUUUAUUUGAAGUUUUCAUUUUACAGAGUACACUUAAAGUAAAAAGGAAAAAACAAACAAAAGAACAAAACAAAACAAAAAGACAAGGAAAAGAAAAAAAAACUAUGCAGACAACAUCUAAGUUGAUAGAAAGUACUUAUCUUAAUAUUUAUGUACAAUAUUUAAUUGUUAAUUAGAUCACAUUAUAUUGAUUAACUUUUCCCACUUACUAAGAUGUUUAUUUAAUGAGCCUCUUUUCCUGGCAAUGUAAAGUUCAAUGUUGUAAACACGCCUAGUCCUAGCAAUGAACCCCUGAAGGGAGGGCAUACCCUUUUGACAUUUUUGUGAGUAAAUAUAGUACUUCCCAAGCAAUAAAAUAUGAUUAACUAGAAGGAAAUCAUCUCCAACAUCAAAUUUACCGAAGAUUAUAUCCUCUUCUUUUAAAUUCUCAUCAAUAAUAUUGUUGUCUCUUAGCCUGGACAAGACGUGUUUCCAAAAAACAGAGGAUAUUUUGUAGGAAAAAAGUAAAUGCUCGAUGGAUUUGACCUCAGUUUGGCAGAAAACACAUUUAUCUGAUUCAGCCGUACCAAAACGAAAAAGUUUCUCAUUCGUAAAAACGAUACGGUCUAGUAUUUUGAACUGAAAUUCCCUAAGUUUUGUCUCUAAUGUUGUGCGGAGGGAUAAUAAGUAAACUCUUUUCCAGUCAAUAGUUAAAUGAUGAUACUUUGCAGAUAGCUUCUCUUUAGCGGUAGGUGUGGUUUGUUUUUUGGCCAAAAAAGACCGUCUGAAGACACUCGAGUUCCUCCAGAUUUUUUGGUUUUGGAUCGGAAUCGCAUUUUUCCGCACAUUCCUUUAAAUCUUUCUCUAGGUUUUGUAGUUUCGCUCUUCUUUCGCGGGCUUUAGUUUUGCUAUAUCGGAUUGUUUGCUGUCUAAUUUGGUACUUGAUUAAAUCCCAUAAGACACGUUUAUCUUGUACUUCUUUGAAUUCUUCCAGCCAAUUGGCAAACUCAGUGGUAAGUAGUUCACAAUAAGCCGAAUCAUUUACAAGGUUUGAAUUAAAUCUCCAACUAAAAACAGCUUUCCGCUUUUCAAAAGUGCGAAUCCCACCAACAUUUAACGACAAAAGAUUGAACUCGUUAUUACGCGCCAUAUUGCCAGAAUAAGUAGGACCUAAUUUGGUGGGAAAAAUUUAUCAACACAUUUACAGCAAUCUGACACUCAAAGAAAUUCUUCAUUGUCAUGCUGCCAUAGCUUUGAAUAACAGAAAAUGAAAGGAAAAUAACCACGAAAACAAAAACAAUAGAGUACAACCACUUAAUACAGUACUGAUACAAACAAUUAAAAGAGCAGCAAGAUAACUAUCUCGAAUGCUGCGCCCUGGAAUGGAUCUAAGUAAAAUUAUUUGAGAUUGCAUGUUUGCGUACGACAGCAAAAAGCCUGGUUGGGCUUUAGAGACAAUGAUUCGGAAAUAAAGUUUUAAAGUGAAUGUACUUAACCCCUACAACAGAUUACGAGGAAAUUAUAUGCAAAUACAUGACUAUUUGAGAGCAGAGUGAAAGAAAAGCUCCGAUGAGAGUAUUAUAUUUACAUGUACAUUUUUAUCUUUGGACAUGUCAAGAAAGCGGUGCUCGUACCUAAACAAAAUCUGUCAAUGGAGAAUUUGCAGGGAUAAAUUUACCAUUAUAUGGUUGCUCUUUGCUGAAAUAUACUGUACAGCCUUUGCCUCUGGCCUCCUUGAACUUUUUCAUCUGACUUUUCCUUAUUUCAUAACGUUCUUUUCGUAUAUCGUCAAACACCGAAAAUUGUUUGUCCUCUUGACCCUUUAACUCCUCGCGGGCUUGAUCCAUCACCAUUUCCUUGUCUGAAUAUGGUAAGAAACGUGCGAUAAUUGGGCGAGGUUUGUCACUGCUGUUGUUAGGCUUUCCCAAUCGAUGGACUCUUUGGAACUCGAUUCUACCACGAGGGUUUUCAAUACGAAGCUUGUUUCCAGGAAUUUAAACACUAAAUCUCUUGUAUCCUCGGGUGGGGAGUCAACUGCAGAAGCCGGCACUACUUCGUCAAUCCCAAAGAAUUUACCAUUUUCUCUUCUUGAGUGGGUUUCUAAAUACAAUAGCUGCUUGCGAAGAUCAUUUAUUUCAAACUUUGACUCUUUCGUUAGGUCUGAAAUGUCGUCUUCGUUGAACUGGAUACUUUCUUCCAAUUCGGACGCUUUCUUUUCCACUCUGUUUGCUGCAGGUCUUGUACAUGUUCAUCUAAACGAGAUACUUUCUCCUCGAUACUAGCAAGACUGCCAGAGACCUCGCUAAGAUGCGCUUCUAUCUUAUCGAGUUUUUCUAAUUCUUCCAGCACGCGCUGCAGUUUCAGACCGACGUCCUCCGCCAUCUCCAGCGUUUCAAACACUUCGUCCGUGUCACUAUUUUUGCUUCUUUUCUCUUCAGGUGACUGAUUAGAAGAUUGAGAUGCUGCAUUAGAUCUACCUUUCCUUUUGGAAGACAUUAGGGGCGUAUAAAGAUGAAAAAUUGCAAUCACUGCCUCCUGCUCAACAUUACGCUACCCAUUCGUUCGCCAUGCUAGCCCCAGUCCCUUCAUUGACUGUCUGCUGAUGGAGUACAAGGAUUUUCUUUUGACAGGGUCUUUGACAAAGUGGAGGAGGUAUUUAUCAAGAGCGAUAGUGGUCGUCUUGUAGGAAAGCUCCAGUUUUAUGAGCCCUCUACCUCCUUCGGUUCACGGCAGGUACAGCCUGUCCUCGUCAGAUUUGUGGUGGUGCAUCUUGUACAUAGUCAGGAACUUCCUAGUCUGUGUAUCAAGUUUGGUCAGCUCUUAUCCGAGUCCAAACCAUGGACUUUGGGAGGGUAAAGAGGGUUUCUAAUUAAUGGAGAGGAUCCGCCUGAGAGGGUGGGCUAUGAUGAUGAUGAUGAUGAUUAUUAUUAUUAUUAUUAUUAUUAUUAUUGUUAUUAUUAUUGUUAUUCAUAUAUGAGAACUGCGGAAAUGAAAUCAAAUGAAGAAUGAUCCUCGCAGUUGUGAACGUAAUUUAUGCAAUUCAGGUCUUCAGCCGCAUUUGAACCCGUGACCUCGCGAUACCGGUGCUACGCUCUAACCAACUAAGCUAUGAAGCCACUGAUGUCGGGAGCUGGUCAAUUAUGUGUUCAUAUGUUCCCGUGAAAUGUGACAAAUGUAUAUGAAAUAAAUCAUAUGUUCAUUUGAAGAUGAUGAUGAUUAUUAUGAUGAUGAUGAUGAUGAUGAUUAUUAUUUUUACAAGUAAUACCGAUAAAAGUACACUAUAAUUAUUUUACAAUAUAUAAAGCUUCGAGUUUAAACCGUAAAAUAUUUUGAUCAAAAAAGGUUAGCUUUUUCGUUUUUGUUCGGUGCCGCAUAUGUAUACGACAAAGUCACGGUUCGAGGUUGUCCGCUAUAGUGAAAAGUGAUUGCAUUUGCUUUUAUUGAAAUAGAUGGAUGAAAGUUGGUCGUUCUUUUUGAUAUACAAAUCAUGUCAAAGAGAAAGUAAAAUCAACCAUUUACAGCUGAUUCGUAAGUCGCGGCACAAGCCGAUUAAAAAAGUGGAAUUACAAAGCAAGAUACGAAUUGCUCUUACUGAAAAGAAAACAACAACUUAAUAACAGCCUGCAAACCACUAAGCUGAAACUAUGUCACGUUAGGCCCCUUUCAAUCGUGGAAUUUCUUAUGAGUGCCGAGCACCUAUUUUAGUCGAUGAAAGUAAUUAAAUACGGCAGUUGAUCCAGACGUCGGAUAUGAUGGUGCCGAAUUCCGUUCACUGUCAAUAUAAUCAUUUAUCAGCCGAAAACGUGAUACGAAGAGGCACAUCUGUCCUUAAGGUAAAUUUGUUUAAUCUAACUCCGUAACCGUGUAGUUCAGUUUGUUCGAGCAUACGUUGCUUGGUUGAAGUUUGUCCCCGAAGUUCAAACUCUGGCGUCUAUCCUUUGAGGGCAUGCGCUUUAAGAUUCCAUCUCUUUAAACUUGUUUACAGUCUCUUCCCAUGGGCCUUCGUUAACCACGUCCAGCGGAACGGAUCCUUAGUGCUGACCAAAAGGAUCACAGGCUCUGGGAAAAGCAUUGACGUGUUUUGUAAUUCACCACUCGACUAAACGUUUUUCUGAUGUUGCCAAUUAGUUGAAUUUUAACGAAAUUUCCAACCCACAGUAGUUUUAAUUUCGUCUUGUGAAUUAUGCCGUAAACAAAUCAGAAACAGUCUACCAAGCUCAAUUCAGCACUUUUCAGCUAGUAUUUAUGCAUAUUCAACUACCUCUGCAACAAUACAUCUUACGUGUUCUGCCUAAAAUGAACACCUGACUCCGCCUGUUCUCUAUUCCGUUCUCUAUGACGCCUUGUCAUGUUUCUGUGCGCGAUCCUUGCUGCCCACACAUCGAAAUUUAAAUCUCAGUUAGUUCAAACCUCCGGUGUACUUCCUUCGGUGACAUUCAAGGGUCCUUGAAAAGCUAAGUCGAUCACCAUGUUGAUCAUCUUUAAUGAUAAUUUAUUUAUAAGCAUAUUAAUUAUCACAACAACGCACAACGCGGCCAAACGCAAUUAUUAAAACUCUUAAUUUUCGUGGAUCUUGGACACAGUUUCGUAAAAAGGAACACAUUUUGAUCAGUUUCAUAAUCUGACAAUAACUCAUUUUUCUACGGGAUACCAAACAAAUGUCUGCAGAUUGUUUCAGAAAAAUACAACAAGGUCACGCAGUCAUGGAAAGUUUUAAAUGAGGAAGAGUUAACGAGACCUAGAGAGCAGAGGGUGGUCACGUUCGCAAUUGUUCCUGCAAAUAUGAGAGAGUCGGUAUUGGUUAAUCUGUCGAUUAUUAUUUUAAUAAUACCUUAAGUUAAAUAAAGGUAUCUUGUUUCUACCCUGCUCUCGGCGAUGACAUAUGUAAAUUUCGUGGAGAGGACUAACUGACAGGGGAGCGGCGUUGUGUAAUUGAAGCGGCUAUUCGGUGCUUUUACGUUGUGUAAGAUUGUAUGAAAAGAAGGUUUUCAGUGGCGGUCCUGAAAAAAAAAUGCCGCUCUCUUACCUUUAAGACAGACUACAAAAAAUGCCCACGAUGAAAAAGCAGUAAUUUCACACCUUCGAAAUCGUGAUCUGCGUAUGUUUUGACUGACAGACAUCAGGUAUGCCAUACCGGGAAGCAUCGGGCUGGUUCACUAGACUUGAUUUCCACCUUCUAGUGAUCACUCAAGUUUAAUCUUGAAACAUUAUUUUCAAAGUGUUAUUUAAGGCAGAAUCCUUUGCGAAUGAUAUUCAUUGGAAUUUAAUUUUUGCUUUGCAAACGCUGAACUAUCUAUUACUUAGCGUUUUUAAGGACAGUUGUGUCUCUUACAUCUCUUUAAAAUUCUUAGUUAUUACUUCUGUUUUGUUUUUUUGAAACUGUCGGACUUGUCCAUGAAGUUCGGUUGUGUUGUCGUUUGUUAUCUUGUGUAAUAUGACUUUUCUUUCCAGCGGAAGAUGUAUUAUUUUGAUUUUUGUUCUCAGACUUGAAUUGAACCUUCAGUGAGUCAUAUUGUAGGUUAAGGUAUGUCCAAAACUACUGCUUACGAACUCGAGAGGGACUUUGGUUACAUAGACUUGGACUUCCUUCAUGUCUAAAAUAUUGGUCAAGAACAGAGUCACGUCACUUCACACCCUAACAGUCAAAGUUGAAUUAUGUAAUGUAACUCGUAUGCCAACAUGAGACUAUUCAGUUGAAAGUCAUUACGCAAGUCCGUUCUUUGAUUCUCUGCUUCUUAGCUGUGCUGUACAAAGCAAUCCUGAAUUUUUCUCGCUGCAAAAUUAAUAAAUAAUGUUGUGAAAAGAAUAGGGCUUACUUUUUCGUUUGCUCAUGAAAUUGCCUACCAUUCUAGUGAGAGGUUCCUCGAGUAACACUCUUUCUUUUAGUUGUUAUUUCUCCUACUAGUAAUUUCGUAGUGCAAAGUGUGCUUGCUUUGUAAAUUGUGCGUUUGCUCAGAAAGGAAAUCCUAUUUUGGUGACCGAAUGUAUUCGUUUUCCGUGUAAAUAUCGCUUUGUGGUUUUUGUUCUCUUCUCCUAUUUUCAUUUGAAUUUUGAAACGCAGGUGCAGAUGUCGCUCACUGUCAGCUUUUGCGUUAACACGAUCUUAAGGGUCAGGAAAUUAGUAUUUGCUUCUCUUUUGAUGCCUCAACCACUCAUUGGCUCUUUACGGGCUAUUAACUAGAAACAGAUUUCAUAUACGAUCAAGAAGCUCUUGGUAUUGAAAACGCAAAUCGAGUGCUUGGCAUUUCUCUUUGUCUUUCGCGAAUCGGGAAUGUCUCUAGCAACGUCCACGCUCGCCAGUGGCAGCGAAUGAACAAUUUAACAGCUGUUAGUUACUGCAGAAUCAAUUUUAACAUCUUUUUAGGAUGAAACAUCUAAGUUUGACUCGUUUUGUACAAUCUGACUUUUAAGGGUUCGGUUUCUUAAAGGACAAGCACAGCCUCAGUGGAAAACUCAGUUGGUUUUACAAAUAUCGACUUAACGUCAGCAUUUGAAUUUACGUCUUAAUUUAUUCCUACCAAGCUUGCAUCAAUUGGAAAAAUUAUGCAAAACGAUUUUUAAGUAAAACCUUGAAAUAAGACCCCUAAUCGGAUUGAUUUCCCAUUGAUGAAAGGAGAGUGGAUUAUUACUUUUUUUUUUUUACUUUUGUUAUUUUCCUGUUUCUUUCGUUCUUUCUGUUGGAGACAAAUUGUCAAUAAUGUUCAGUGUUCUUUUCAUUUACUUGUUACACCAAAGACCCACCUGCGCUUCGCUAUUUGUUGAAAUGAAAUUGGUUUAGGACGUUUGCCACUCCGUGUGUUUACUUAAGAGCGUGAGACAUCACUGGUGCAAAGCCUCAGCUUUUUGGGUUAAUCAUGAAAAUGCCUUGUUACCGCCGGUUUCUUGCGAAAUAUUAGGAAAAGCUACUUGCUUAAUCGAUAAUCUGCCAAUGUUGCUAGAUACCUAGCAACACCAGACUGAGAAACACUAAUCACUCAUGAAUUGCUGUUAAGUCGGAGGCGACUUUUAAUAUUGUAAUGAGCAUAGCGACGACAUCAACGAUUUACAGUUUUCGACGUCUUUUUGACUAUUUCUUUCAGGGAGCGAAGCAGCCACUGACAUAGCUUCCUUCUGUUUCUGCCAGAAGAAAAGGAAUAUCUCAGUACUAACGAUACAUAAAAUCCUCGACAUGACUGAAAGCUACAAUGAUUCUGUCUGCGACGACUUUAUGCUCGACAACGAUGAACGACGUAAGUCGAUGUUUGCUACAAAUGUUGCCCUACUUGUGUUGAAUUCUGUCUUUUCAUUGACAGCAACAUUUCAAAACGUCCCAGUGGUUUAUGCGAUUCUCCGAACUCCGACUCUGCACAAUCCUCCGAACAUCCUUCUGUGCUCACUUGCCUUUACGGAUCUUUUCGUCGGCUGCGUGGUGCAACCGCUCUCUAUCGCCCACACUGCUGUGCUUAUUAGUGGAAAACCCUUUUCGUGCACGUUGUGGCGCGCUAAAGAAACCCUUCUGUUGCUGUUCAUGUACGUCUCGAUGGUGACACUGGUCACGAUAAGUACAGAGCGCUGGCUGGCUCUCCAUUAUCACCUCAGAUAUCAUCAAAUUGUAACUGUGCGCCGAACGCUUUUGGUAAUUGCAAUUACAUGGUUUUCCUCCACGACGAGUAUAAUCGCCUGGCCCUUAGGUUUGGAUUUCCGACCGUUCACGGCAUUGGGUCUAGCUGUUAUCACUAUAGCUGCAAUUGUGCUAGUUUUCAUGUACGUUAGAAUAUUCCUAAUACUGCGUCGCCACAGAAGUCUCAUUGAAAACCAGGCAAAGUUGCAUCCUCCGUCAGUGAACAUCAGAAAACACCGAAAAUCAUCUGCUACUAUGCUCUACGUUGUGGUUUUGUUCUUCAUUUUUUACUCGCCGACGUUUUACGCUAUGAUUAAGUUCUUAGACUCGACACCAAAGUUCUUCAGCGUGGAGCAAACAGUUUUAUGGGAAGUUGCAAAGACCGCAGCGCUCAUAAACUCGUCGGCUAACCCGCUAAUGUACUACUGGAGAAUGAGGGAAAUUCGACGCGCUGUAAGGAGUGUGUUUAGCCAUUCAUCAGUGUUAAGAAUUCAUGUCGGAGAUGGAACUACCCCUGCCUCGGGAAGCCGAGAGAAUGAGUGGAAAAGUCGGACAGACCAGAGACGAGGCUCUUUUUCUGUAAAACGCAACUCGCAAGGGAACGUGUCUCAGUCCAACGUGGUUAUUUCUAAAGCAAGAUCCGAUAUGCAUCAAGAUCAUAGAACAGGGUCAACGAAAGCUGAAGUAGGAGAGAAAAAGUUGUUUCUUAUGCCACGAUUUCUAGAGCCUGGCCCCAGUUUUCAAACUGAGUAA